CCAGAUGUGGAAUUUUGCGGUUACAAUGUGCCACAUCCAUUGGAAGAUAAAAUUCUGAUAAGGGUACAAACGAAACAAGGUGUAGUAGCAGCCGAUGUGCUAGUAAAAGCGUUGGAAGAGCUUGAAUAUAUCUUUGCUUCAAUUGGACAAAAAUUCGAGGAUUCCUACAAAACCUACAGCCAAAAAUAG